AUGAACAGAGUCAUCCUCCUGCUGUCAGUCAUGUGUGUGGGCGUGUCCUCUCAGCCAAUCACAGAGAACCAGCGUCUGUUCUCGAUCGCAGUUGGUCGAGUUCAGUAUCUUCACCUGGUUGCUAAGAAACUCUUCAGUGACUUCGAGAACUCUCUUCAGUUGGAGGAUCAACGUCAACUCAACAAAAUCUUUUUACAAGAUUUUUGUCAUUCUGAUUAUUUCUUGAGUCCGAUCGACAAACACGAGACACAACGCAGCUCAGUUUUGAAGCUGUUAUCGAUCUCUUAUCGAUUGAUUGAGUCCUGGGAGUUUUCCAGUCGCUUCCUGGUCGCAGGUUUCGCUGUGAGGACCCAGGUUACGUCCAAACUGUCGGAGCUGAAGACGGGACUCAUGAAGCUGAUAGAGGCCAAUCAGGACGGAGCAGGUGGAUUCUCUGAGAGCUCGGUGAUCCAGCUCACGCCGUACGGAAACUACUACCAGAGCGUCGGAGUCGAUGAGUCAUUCAGACGAAACUACGAACUGUUCGCCUGCUUUAAAAAGGAUAUGCACAAGGUGGAGACGUAUCUGACCGUGGCCAAAUGCCGACUCUCUCCAGAAGCCAACUGCACCCUGUAG